UUCCCUUUCCAAAUAAGAACAACUACCCUGUCUACCCAUGGAGUUGAACACCUCCUCCAAGCUCAUUAUCCUCCUUUCUCUUCUCAGUUUUCUCCUACCAUCACACGCCAAAACUAUAGUGGUGGAUGAAUCUGCAGAAUGGACAAAGCCUAAUGUCCAUAUAAACGACUCUCUGAUUUUCAAGUACAAAAAUGGCUACAAUCUCUACAUUUUUCAUGACAGAAGAGCCUUCAGUCUCUGCAACUUCACUCAAGCUACACUUGUCAGCAAACCCAACUCGACCUCCUUCACGUGGCACCCAAGUCGCUCUGGUUUCUUCUUCUUUUCUUACAACUUCAACAACGGUUCUCUCGAGGCUUGUAAAGAAGGUGAGAAGCUAGCCAUUAAGGUUACUCCACCCCCAGCUGUGUCUCUGUCGCCGGAGCUUUCACCACAAGCGUCACCGUCGCCGAGUUCCGGUGGGUUUUUUCCCUCCACUCCGGCCUUCCGGUUGCCGUUCCGUAAUCGCCAACAUCACCGUCAAGUGAGUUCACCAAUUCAGGCACCGAGUGCAACCCCUCCGCACAAGAUUCCGUCCAUGGUUCCGGACAGUGGUGGCGGCAUUCCUUUCAUUAACAGUAAUCCGGCGGUGCCUCUUCCUACUGGUCAAGCUAACUCUGCUACAAUACGACCAAUACCCACUUCUGGUCAUGAAGAAGGAAAGGUUCAUUUGGUGGGGUUCCUUGCACUUCAAAUUCCUCUCUGCUGCUUUUUUUGGGUUAUGCUGUAAAUCUGUAAUAGAUGUUGAAGAAUUGGGUUCUGUUAAUUCAUUC